AUGCCAAGGAUUGCUGAAGUUUUGUACUCUGGGUCUAUCUCCCUUGUGGAUUCAAAGGGAUAUAGAAUCAUGUUGACUCUUAAGAGUGGCCGGGUGUGUCUAAAGCAUUUGCUAGCUGGUCAUAACAAACUUGUCUGUACUGUUUCUUGGAGUCCCGAUGACAGCCAACUUCUUACAUGUGGACUGGAAGAAGUUGUUAGACGUUGGGAUGUCCAGUCUGGUAAAUGUCUCCAUGUUUAUGAAAACCUUGGCACUGCUUUGGUUUCAUGUGGUUGGUUUCCUGACGGAAAAGGAGUAUUCUGUGGUGCCACUGAUAAAAGUAUCUGCAUAUGGUAUCUAGAUGGAAGAGAAGAGGAAUGUUGGAGAGGUCAUAGGACACUACAGACAUCGGAAAUGGCUAUAACCAAUGAUGGAAAGAGUCUAUUAAGCCUUUGCCAGGAUAGUGCUAUAGUGUUUCUUGACAGACAAGCGAAGUUUGAGAGAUUGAUUGAAGAAGACCAAGCUAUAACAUCAUUCUCUUUAUCUAAGGACAGCAAGUUCUUGCUUGUAAACCUUGCUAACGAAGAGAUACAUCUCUGGAGCCUAGAGGGUGAUUUCAAAGUUAUCUGUACGAACAAAGGACACAAACGUUCCCGUUUUGUCGUUCGUUCCUGCUUUGGGGGCAUUGAGCAAGGCUUUAUUGCCAGCGGUAGUGAGGAUUCACAGGUAUACAUAUGGCACCGAAGCACCGGAGAGCUCCUCUUGACGUUGCCUGGACAUUCAGGAGCUGUCAAUUGUCAUCAAGAAAGCCUUGCAGCUACGCCUCUGUCUGCCAUCAUUACUGUAAAGUGUAAAUUGUGGAAUUAUCUACAUCUUACUUCUACCAUUGCACAUGUUGAUCCUCUAAUUUUCUAG